AUGCUUGAAUCGCAUCACUCACUAGUCGUCAAGGCGUUGCAGAAACUCUACAAACUCUGCUUGAAUAAGGAUGGAUUCCCUGGAGAGCCUCUUCCCGAAGCUUCUGAUGGAUACCCCCUGACGCACGCUAUCUUGGACCGUUUGGGACUGAUCAAGCAAGCUGAGGAAAACCCUGAAGACAGCAACGAAGACUCAGAAGAUCUACAGUAUCUGCGCUUGUUGUCCACUUCGGCUGAAUGCAGCGCAACGACAGACCCCUCUCCAGAACCAGCUACUCCCCCCGAGCCCUCGUCGAGCAACUGCAGUCCCGUCGACCUCUCCCCUGUAGGGGCUGAUUGGAAGUGGAACUUUCCUUCGAUUCAAACUGUCCGUUCAGAGCAGUAUCACAGCUAUCCAAACCAGGAUUUCUCUGGGCUGGCGCUGGCUCGGUCCAACAAUCUCGCUGAUGAUACUGCAUGUCUGGGCACAGCAACAACUGUGCUCGGCCAUAACCAUCCGUACCUUUACUAUCUAGAUACUUGUAACGCAGAUGCGAAGGAGUCGCUUGGCUCUCGCGUGACUGCCGGGCCUGGUUUUCAACAGCCUGCAUCCGCUGCCGAGAUGCCUGUUAAUAUGCUUGGGGGCUUCGAUGACCACCUGCAAGAGCAACAGUCUCUUCAUCCGCCUCUUCUCCCAGGCUGGUCCUAUCCACACGAUUAG